CCACUGAAGAAGUUGUAUGCAACGAAACCGUUUUGGCAGGCUGAAUAAAGGUUCGGAAACUUGAACUAUGGGGCUCCAGAUGUCUUACUGAGGGAUGACUGCGGUGCGAUAGAUGCAGAAUCCUAAAGGAAUCAUGAAUCUGCUCCAUGCCUUCGUUCUUGCUUGCCUCUGCGUUACUAUGGCAACGACGCAGAGGUGCACUGAUGACGUAUGUGAGUUCACCCUGGUGGUUCGUUACGCACGGACAAUGACGCACACCGGUAAUGCUGACGGCAGUGUCCACGGGAUUGAGAUUCUGGCAAACGGAAGUCUGCAAGACAAAUACUCGCUUUCUCAGGGAGACAUGGACGGACCCAUAGUUCCUGUGAAUGAGACCAUCACAGCUGAUGGAGUGCAGCGAAACGUAAUCCUCGUGAACGACCAGUUCCCCGGUCCUACAUUGGAGGUCAUGGAAGGAGCGCAGGUGGUUGUAACCGUCGUCAACGAGCUGCUCAGAGAAGCCACCUCACUCCACUUCCACGGCAUGUACAUGCGCGGUGUGCCAUAUAUGGACGGGGUGCCUUACGUCACACAGUGUCCCAUCCUACCCAUGCACAGCUUCACCUACAGGUUUAAGGCGGAGCCCGCUGGUACCCACUGGUACCACAGUCAUCUUGGCUCACAGAAGGAAGAUGGUCUGUAUGGGGCAUUCAUAGUGCAUAAGAACAGCAUACCGACGACUCCGUCCCUACCGAUGUUCCUGCAAGAUUGGUGGCAUGAUGACUUCAAUACUAUUGACGUGGACAGCGCUUAUAUGGAGCACAGGGGUCCUGGGCGCUUCUUUGGCCCCUGGCAGGAGCGUGGCUUCAGUUUUGAAGGUACCGAACUGACGGCUCUCAACUUCAAAUCGGCCCUCAUCAACGGCCGUGGUCGGUACAACAAUAACUCCGCGCCGCUAACAAGGUUUGAAAUAUCAUCGGGAGAAACCUUACGGUUCCGCCUCAUCAACGCAGGCGCAGAGUACACCUUCCGCGUGUCCAUCGACGCGCACAGCAUGACGGUCGUGGCAAAUGACGGACAUGACGUCGAGCCGGUCCAUGUUCAGUCCAUCCUCGUCUUUCCAGGAGAGUCUUACGACUUUGAAGUAGUCGGCGAUCCGUCUAAUAGUGGUACCUACUGGAUCCGUGCCCAGACGCUGUGGGCGGGAAAAGGGCCCGAUGUCGAGCCAGAGGACCGACUGCAAGAAGUGAGAGCCAUCCUGGCAUAUGACAACGCUCCUACCGAUGAAGACCCGAACUCAGCCAUGCAAACCUGCACCGAAAACAGCCCGUGUCGAGUUCUGAACUGCCCUUUCCCGGCGUUCCCUGCAGGCAGCAAUACGGAAUGUAUCUACGUCUCAGACCUGAACAGCACCGAAGAGUAUUCAAUGUCGGACGAGUCAGAAACUGAAGAGUACUUCUUCAACUUCGGAUACCAAAUAGGCUCCUCAGUAAACGGUCGAAAGUUUGACACUCCGAAAAAGCCACUGAUUUUCAAGGCACCCUAUGACAUUACCCCCUGCGAAGCCACCUGUGAGACGGACGGGUGUAAGUGUACCUACAUGGUGGAGAUUCCACUCGGCAAGACCAUCAGGUUUGUGUUGAUGGACCUCGGAGUAGAAAGUGAGGGACAUCAUCUUAUCCAUCUCCAUGGUUACGACUUCAGGGUUCUGGCCAUGGGAUUUCCGGUCCACAACGAGACAACGGGUCGUUGGAUCUCUCAGAACGCUGACAUUGACUGCGGGAACGACAACAAAUGCAACAUGGCUUCCUGGAACGUGACAAGGCCGAACUUGAACUACAACAAACCUCCCAUCAGGGACACAGUCGUCAUCCCCGCUCGUGGAUACACCGUUAUAGAGUUCAGGAGCAACAACCCUGGCUUCUGGUAUUUCCACUGUCACCAAACAACUCACAUGAACGAGGGGAUGUCCAUGAUCAUCGCGGAGGCCCUGGACAAGCUGCCCGCCCUGCCGUACGGCUUCCCGACCUGUGGAGACUUCACUGGGACCGAGAAACCACCGGGGAGGGGAAGAACAGUCGCAGCAAUGGAACAGUCCGUGACUAAGGUGGAGUUGGACCACACUCAGCUGGUCAUCAUCAUCGUCAUCUCGGCGGCCAUGUCUGCUACCAUCGCCCUGGCAGCAGUCGGCAUCUACAAUGCACGUGUAAGCAAGAGCAAAGAGAAGAUGUUAGAAACGCCGCCGGCCGCUCCACGAGGUCUGGAAGACACAGUUCCGAGACAAGAUGGUGCCACGCCAUUGCAAGAAGACGCUGUUGCGAAAGUCAACGCCUUCCAGAGACAAGUGGUGAAGCGAUCAUACGUCGUGUGUGACCAGGCCCUAGGGCCUCAAGUACUGACCACCGACAAACCACUGGACACCAGGACGUUCUUACGUUUCCAGCAGCGUGAAGCGAUAGGCGUAUUGGAUACAGGAUACAGAUGUGACGUCAUCAACGAGGUGUACGCUCCCACCGGCUUGCCCAAACCUUUGUGUAUCGAUGAUAUCACAAGGAAGUUUGAAUCCCAACGGGACGAGCUGCUAGAAAUCUUUAGCCAACACAAACCCAGAGGAAUCAUGCAUCUGCUCAAUGCCUUCAUUCUUCCUUGCCUCUGCGUUACUAUGGCAACUACGCAGAGGUGUACUGAUGACGUGUGCGAGUUCACCCUGGUGGUUCGUUAUGCACGGACAAUGACGCACACCGAAAGAGACGGCGAAGUCCAUGGGAUUGAGAUUCUGACAAAUGGAAGUCUGCAAGACAAAUACUCGCUUUCUCAGGGCGACAUGGAUGGACCCAUAGUUCCUGUGGAAGAGACCAUCACAGCUGAUGGAGUGCAGCGAAACGUAAUCGUCGUGAACGACCAGUUCCCCGGUCCCACACUGGAGGUCAUAGAAGGAGCGCAGGUGGUCGUAACCGUCGUCAACAACCUGCUCAGAGAAGCCACUUCACUCCACUUCCAUGGCAUGUACAUGCGCGGUGUGCCAUAUAUGGACGGGGUGCCUUACGUCACACAGUGUCCCAUCCUACCCAUGCACAGCUUCACCUACAGGUUUAUGGCGGAGCCUGCUGGGACUCACUGGUACCACAGUCAUCUUGGCUCACAGAAGGAAGAGGGUCUGUAUGGGGCAUUCAUAGUGCACAAGAACAGCAUGCCGACGACUCCGUCCCUACCGAUGUUCCUGCAAGAUUGGUGGCACGAUGACUUCAAUAACAUUGACGUGGACAGUGCUUUUAUGGAGCACAGGGGUCCCGGACGCUUCUUUGUCCCUUGGCAAAAUCGCGGCUUCAGUUUUGACGGUAACAAACUUUCGUCUGUCAGAUUCAUAUCGGCCCUCAUCAACGGCCGUGGUCGGUACAACAACAACUCCGCGCCGCUAACAAGGUUUGAAAUAUCACCGGGAGAAACCUUACGGUUCCGCCUCAUCAACGCAGGCGCAGAGUACACCUUCCGCGUGUCCAUCGACGCGCACAGCAUGACGGUCGUGGCAAAUGACGGACAUGAUGUCGAACCGGUCCAGGUUCAGUCCAUCCUCGUCUUUCCAGGAGAGUCUUACGACUUUGAAGUAGUCGGUGAUCCGUCUAAUAGUGGUACCUACUGGAUCCGUGCCCAGACGCUGUGGGCGGGAAAAGGGCCCGAUGUCGAACCAGAGGACCGACUACAAGAAGUGAGAGCCAUCCUGGCAUAUGACAACGACCCUACCGAUGAAGACCCGAACUCAGACAUGCAAAACUGUACCGAAAACAGCCCGUGUCGAGUUCUGAACUGCCCUUUCCCGGCGUUCCCUGCAGGCAGCAAUACGGAAUGUGUCUACGUCUCAGACCUGAACAGCACCGAAGAGUAUUCAAUGCCGGACGAGUCAGAAACUGAGGAGUACUUCUUCAACUUCGGAUACCAGAUUGGCUCCUCAGUAAACGGUCGUAAGUUUGCCACCCCAAAAAAGCCACUGAUCUUCAAGGCACCCUAUGACAUUACCCCCUGCGAAGCCACCUGUGAGACGGACGGGUGUACGUGUACCUACACGACAGAGAUUCCACUCGGGAAGACCAUCAGGUUUGUGUUGAUGAGCCUCGGAUUCGGAAGUGGAGGGCAUCACGUCAUUCAUCUCCAUGGUUACGACUUCAGGGUUCUGGCCAUGGGAUUUCCAGAGUACAACGAAACAACGGGACGAUGGAUUACUCAGAACGAUGAUAUUAACUGUGGAGACGACAACAAAUGCAACAUGGCUGCCUGGAACGUGGCAAGGCCGAACUUGAACUACAACAAACCUCCCACAAGGGAUACAGUCGUCAUACCCGCCCGUGGGUACACCGUUAUAGAGUUCAGGAGUAACAACCCGGGCUUCUGGCUCUUCCACUGUCACCAAACAACUCACAUGAAAGAGGGGAUGUCCAUGAUCAUCGCGGAGGCCCUGGACAAGCUGCCCGCCCUGCCGUACGGCUUCCCGACCUGUGGAGACUUUACUGGGACCGAGAAACCACCGGGGAGGGGAAGAACAGCCGCAGCAAUGGAACAGUCUGUGACUCUGGUGGAGUUAGACAACACCCAGCUGGUCAUCAUCAUCGUCGUCUCGGCAGCCAUGUCCGCUACCAUCGCCCUGGCAGCAGUAGGUAUCUACAAUGCACGUGUAAACAAGAGUAAGGAGAAGAUGAUAGACACACCGGUCAGUAGUAUAGUAGGGACACGCUGCGAUGAUUAUUCAGGAGCAAGAAGGAGCAGGUCAGAGGUCAAAUAUGAUGUAUUCGGCGGAGCAGGUCAGAGGUCAGAUAUGAUUUAUUCAGGCGCAGCAGGUCAGAGGUCAGAUAUGAUUUAUUCAGGCGCAGGUCAGAGGUCAGAUAUUAUGUAUUCAGGCGGGGCAGGUCAGGGGUUAGAUAUCAUAUAUUCAGGCGGAGUAAGGUAACUAUGACAACCCCACCCCACCCCAAAUGAACCUCCCCUCUCUAAUCGUGAAAGACAUUAUGCCCUUAUUUGGUCUGGUUCUAAGUCUCUAAGUCAAUCAAUCGGUUGAAUCUGCUGAGAUCAGUCUCUAAUGGAUGCGCUGAAAGCACAAACAACAGACGUCUUUCGCCAGUUACUAUAUCACAAAGCCCCAGGCUUGUUUCCCCAACAUCGGCGACUUCCCAGUUCGGUGGAGUACGUAAAAGUAAUACAAUGGGUGGAUACGAUCUCGGCGGACGAGGAAUAUGAAAAGAUUAUAGACAAUUUCGUGGAUAACGUACCCAACGCGAGGGAUGGGCUGAAAACGGUGCUCGAAAAAGUACUGCAAGAGGAACGAUUAAACUGGGGUCGACUCGUUAUCGCAAUGUCUUUCGCCGCGGACGUA